AUGGCGACCACAGCUGCGAAUCCCGCCUCUGUCAAGGUGGACAGCCCUUUCAAGAUCGAAAACCCAGGCGGCGACUGGCGCGACCAGCUCGAAGCCAAGGGCUACUGCGUCGUGAAAGGAGCCUUUCCAUCAGGGAAGGCCCGCUAUUAUCAGCAGAAGGCUUUUGAAUGGCUUAAGUCCUUCGACGAGUCUCUCGACAUUAACGAGCCGUCAACGUGGAAAGACGCCAAGUUUCCCGUCCAGACAGACAAGAACACCUACGAAAACUACAGCGUCGUUCACGAACGCUUCAUGUGGGAGGCCCGCCAGGAGCCAGGCGUUCUCAAUGCGUUCACCAAGGAGGCGCGCGCCCCCUGGCCCCACGUCGAUCAAGCACCGCGCAAGCGUGGGCUGCACUGCAUCCAGGGAAUAAUCAACCUGAGCCACGCGGGCCCAGAAGACGGUUCUCUAUGUGUCAUGGACGGAUCCGCUGCGCUUGUGGAGGAGUUCUUCGACAAAGAGACAGACCCGGCAACAUGGGAGUGGGGGGACAAUCGCUACUUCGAUGACAAGGAUAUGGAAUGGUUCAAGGCACGGGGGGUGCGUCCCGUCAAGGUUGAGGCUGAGCCUGGGGACCUUAUUCUUUGGGACUCAAGGUGCAUUCACUGGGGUGGAGAACCCACAAAGAAGAGCGACGUGGUCCGGACUGUCAUCUACGCAGCGUAUGCGCCUGCUGAGUUGGCAUCAAAAGAGGCCCUCGAGGAGAAGAGCAAGGUUUUCCAAGUGAACGGGGCGACAACCCACUGGCCUCACGACAACAUCAAACUCAGAGACAUGCAGGCACGCCUGUCUGAUGGUACCGUCGACCCUCGAAACCGCUCGGAACCUUUGGAGAAGCCGAUCCUGAGUGAUCAACUGCUCAGACUGGCCGGGGUAAAAGCGUACUAG